AUGCAAGGCAAUGACAAUGUAAAUAGUGCAAAACCCGUUGAAAUAAGUGAUGAUGAUGAUGAUAGUGAGGUCGGGAAUGAAAGUGAAUCAUCAAAGUGUCAAAAAAGAGAGCAUGAUGAUGAGGUCAUUUAUGUUCCAAAUAAUCCAAAGACAUGGGAUGAAAAAGAUAUACAAAAGUGGACGGAAUGGGCAUCGAAAAAUUUUGAUAUUAAACCGCCAUUGGAUGCUUCACGAUUUCCAAAAACUGGUGAUGAAUUGGCAAAAUACUCAAAGGCUGAUUUUUAUAUCGUGUGCGGGUCGUUUGAAGGUGGUAAAAUGGUGGUCGAGCACUUUAAAUACAUGAUGGGAAUUGUAUCAGAAAAGUUUGAUGAAACUCUUCUAAUCGAUGGCGAUCCAGAUCCGUAUCAACUAUUAAACGCUACACACAGAUUGGUCGCACAAGGUUCAGGGCAGAUACAAUUAUGGCAAUUUUUGUUGGAGCUCUUAGCUGAUUCGUCGAAUUCUGAUUUUAUAAAGUGGGAGGGCACAGCUGGUGAAUUUAAGCUAAUUGAUCCUGAUGAAGUGGCUAGACGAUGGGGUGUGAAAAAGAACAAGACAAAUAUGAAUUACGAUAAGUUAAGUCGUGCAUUGAGAUAUUAUUACGAUAAAUCAAUAAUGACAAAAGUCCAUGGUAAAAGAUAUGCUUAUAAAUUUGAUUUUCAUGGUCUGAUGGCAGCAUGUCACUCUCAGGCACAAGGUUGUGAUCCAACAACAAGUUUAUUACCAAAAUAUCAUCCACAUUUACUCAUGUCAAAUGAAUUUUCCAAUUAUGCAUCUACAUCGACAGCAAUUCCAAGUUCCAGUACAAAUCAAACAACUGCCCCAAUGGCUGUAUCAGUAUCAAGUUUUAAGCCAAUCCAAUCAUCAUUGUCGACAAUUUUACCAUCAUCGACAAUUCCUCAAACGACAGCAUCACACACACCAAAUACAAGUGUUUCGGACAGAAGUCAUAUUUGGCCAUACCUGCCACCCUCAAACUUUUAA